CCCACUACACCAUUCCAUUCCCACGGCGUCUCGCCAAGCCGCCAGCCAUGGAGGCGGCGGCCUCAGCUGCUGUUGCGGCUGCCAACGAGGCGGCGCUGGCUGCGGCUGCUGCGGCAUCGGCUGCUUCCAAGGAGGCGGCAGCGGCGGCUGCGACUGCGACGGAGGCAGCGGCGACCGCCAAGGAGGCGGCGGCGAAGGCUUUGGCUGCGGCGUUAAACGCGAAGGAGGCAGCGGCUCUGGCGACGGCUGUAGGGGAGGCGGUGGCUGCUGCCGCUGCUAACGUUGCUGCUGCGACGACGGCACUGCAAGCUUCAAAGAAGCGUAAGUUCCAUCUUGUCGACGACCAAGAUCCACCGGGGAGUAGCAACUGUGAUGAUGUUGAUGGGGAGAGCGUCGAUCACAUAAGCCGCGUCCCCGACGCCGUCCUCGGCAGCAUCGUAUCACUUCUUCCCACCAAGGAAGGUGCCCGCACGCAGGUCCUCUCCCGCCGGUGGCGUCCGCUCUGGCGCUCCGCUCCUCUGAACCUCGAGGUGGACCGUGGACCCAAUAGCAAGGAAUUGAUUACAAAGAUACUCUCUGAGCAUCCUGGCCCUGCACGCCGCUUCUCGGUCCGCAUCUUUCAGAACGACGACAAGAUCGAAGGCUGGCUUAGUUCCCAAGCCCUGGACAACCUAGAGGAGUUCGAGCUCACCUACACGUCCUGGCACAGCAACAGGGACAAGUUGUGCCUGCUGCCAUUGUCCGUGUUCCGCUUUUCGCCCACUCUCCGCGUGGCCAAAUUCCACGGCUCCCAUUUCCCUAAGAGUAACUUGUUUGCGCAGCUGUCCCUGAAGUUUCCGUGCCUCAAGCAGCUACCCUGUAUAAGGUCACCAUCUCGGAGGACGUUCUCCAGAGCAUGCUCUCUGGCUGCACUGCCUUGGAAAGCCUUGAGCUGAAGGACAAUUCGGGCAUUGGUCGCCUCUGCAUCAGCUCCCAAACUCUUAGGAGUUUGGCCUUUUG